AUGGAAGUAAUCGGUUCCAACUUGCGGACCUCCGAUCCGAAUUUUCGGGACAACCAGUCCCGCAUGGAGACCCUGGUACGGGACCUGAAAGAGCGGCUGGCUCGGGUACGGGCCGGUGGCGGAGAGCGGGCGGUGGAGUUGCACCGCAGCCGGGGCAAGCUGCUGGUCAGGGAGAGGAUUGAGAGGCUGGUGGACGCCAACACUCCUUUCCUUGAGCUGAGCCCCCUGGCCGCCUGGGACAUGUAUGACGGCGAGGAAGCUUCCGCCGGAAUAGUGACCGGCGUCGGCGUGGUCCACGGGAAAGAGGUGGUGAUCGUGGCCAACGACGCCACCGUCAAGGGUGGCACCUACUACCCGAUUACCGUUAAGAAGCACCUGCGCGCCCAGGAAAUAGCCCAGGAAAACCACCUGCCUUGCAUUUACCUGGUGGACUCCGGUGGCGCCUAUCUGCCUCUGCAGGCGGAGGUAUUCCCUGACCGCGACCACUUCGGGCGCAUCUUCUACAACCAGGCCCAAAUGUCAGCCUUGGGCAUUCCCCAGGUGGCGGUGGUCAUGGGUUCGUGCACCGCUGGAGGCGCGUACAUUCCGGCCAUGAGCGACGAGGUGGUGAUGGUGCGUCAGCAGGGCACUAUCUUCCUCGGCGGGCCGCCGCUGGUACGGGCGGCCACCGGUGAGGAAGUGGACCCGGAAACCCUGGGCGGCGCCGACGUGCAUACCCGGGUAUCCGGCGUGGCCGACCAUCAGGCCGCGGACGACGAGGAUGCCCUGGCCAUCACCCGGGACAUUGUCGAGAACUUCGUGCGGCGGCGUGAUCUCCCCUUCCAGGUCUCCAGUCCGGAACCGCCGUCCAGCGACCCUGCGGAGCUUUAUGGGAUAGUGUCCCCCGACAACCGGCGUCAAUACGACGUCCGUGAGGUAAUUGCCCGCAUCGUGGAUGGAAGCCGGUUCCACGAGUUCAAGGCCGGUUACGGGGAAACGCUGGUCUGCGGCUUUUCCCGCAUCUGGGGGUAUCCGGUGGGAGUGGUCGCCAAUAACGGGGUCCUGUUUUCCGAAAGCGCGCUGAAGGCCACCCAUUUCAUAGAGUUGUGCAGCCAGCGGGGCAUUCCCCUGCUUUUCCUGCAGAACAUCACCGGCUUCAUGGUGGGUAAACAGUACGAGGCCGGGGGUAUUGCCAAGGACGGCGCCAAAAUGGUCAUGGCCGUUUCCAACGCCGCUGUCCCCAAAUUCACCGUAAUCAUCGGCAGUUCCUUCGGGGCGGGAAAUUACGGUAUGUGCGGGCGGGCUUACCAGCCCCGCUUCCUGUGGGCUUGGCCCAACGCCCGCAUUUCGGUGAUGGGCGGGCAGCAGGCGGCGGAGGUGCUGCUAUCGGUAAGGCUGCAACAACUGGAGCGGCAGGGCCGGACGAUGGAGCAGGAGGAGCGGGACGCCCUGCAACGGCCCAUCCUGGAAAAGUACGAAACAGAGAGCGAUCCCUACUACAGUACCGCCCGCCUGUGGGACGACGGAAUAAUUGACCCGGUGGACACGCGGACCGUGGUAGCCCUGGGAAUCGCCGCCUCCCUGAACGCCCCCUUCCCUGAACAAAAGCGGGGUGUGUUCCGAUUCUGA